UUUUGAUUGUGUGUUGUCUCUCUCUUGAAUUAGGGAUCCGGAGGUUACCAAGUUUGCUGAUUUGUUUUACCAGUGCUGAUAAAAUUAUAGCCCCAUUGUGAAGUUUCUUUUUUGAAAUUGAACCAAACCAAAUGCUACAUGUUCGACAAAGAAGCUAAUUCCUAGUGACAACCAUUAGGCAGUACGUUUCAAAGCAAGGAAUGAUGUACUUUUACAUAAUAAUAACACGUUCCCUCUAUAACUUUUAUCUCUUGAAAAACCCGGUUACUUGAGCCUUAUUAGAAACCUAUUUGAAAAGCAAUAAAGCUGUCAAGCUCAAGCUAAUACUAUCUCAGCUUUACAAAAUGGGUUUUUGUUAAGACUGUUUUAGGCCAUUCUUUGAGUAGGCUAAAACCCACAGGCAGCGUUGGAUUAUUACUUUUGGUCCACGGGCAAUGUUGGAUUCAAGAAUUUAAAAAGAAGAAGAAGAAGAAAGUUAAUAGUCGACUACCGGCAUUGAACAAUUCCAUGAUUUUCUUUCUUCUUCUAUAAACCCAAAUCGAAAAUCGAUCGAGAAAAAGAGGAGAAUGGGUGAAUGGAGCAGCUUUACUGCUGUAGUGAGAGGCCUCUGUUUGCUUUAUGUUACCAACAAAUAUCUCGGCACUGUCACUAUUACUUAUGGUCCUAGCAUGCUUCCGACCUUAAACGUAACAGGCAGUAUGUUGUUGGUGGAGCGCAUUUCGACCCGCACCGGCAAACUUCGACCUGGGGAUGUUGUGAUCUUUCGAUCUCCCGAGGCUCCUAGGAAGAUUGUCUGCAAACGGUUGAUCGGAUUGGAAGGUGAUCAAAUCACCUACGUCGUCGACCCUCAAUCGGGUGAUAGAUGCGAAACUAUCGUGGUUCCUAAAGGGCAUGUUUGGGUAGAAGGAGAUUACAUCUAUAAUACAAAGGAUUCGAGGAAUUUCGGAGCUCUUCCUUAUGGCCUUCUCGAAGGCAGAGCUUUUUGGACGUUAUUGCCUCGUAAAGAUUUUGGACCCUUGACACCCAAACCAGAAUAAAAUUGGUGUUCCUAUGAUUGAUGCUUUGAAAACGUCUGCUGUGGAGUAAUGUUAGGGCUUUCAAAUAAAAUAUGGGGAGUGGGUCUCUUCUUGCCAUUUGGUUGUGCUCUUCCUUGUCGAAGGAUCUUUGGUGUCCCUAGAGGCAAUCCUUUUGAAACAAUUAUUGUUGUUACCGGCAUUUUCAGACUUUAGUUCCUCUCAGGUAUUAUGAUAUAUUAUUGACACGGAUCAGGAGACUUUUACGUAUAGUUUGCUCUCCGUUUUUAAUCUUUGAAUAGUGAAAAUGUGUAGUUGCCAUGCAUGCAUGCUUUUGCUGUUAAACUUGUAUUUUUUGCUUCAAAUUCAUCAGUUCUAGCGUGGAAGAUGGUGAAGCAGCCUGAAAUGUCUUUCAAGCUAUGCAACAAGGGAAGAUUUAAGUUGGAUGAUGAAAUUGUAUUGUUUUCAUCGAUGAAUCAUGCUGCUAUGCACUUUUUUGUUCCACAUAAAGACUUGACUUAUAAGAAAAAUGAUAUCAAGUUGGACGGAUUCUAUUCGAGCUGCAACCUUCA